GCUGCACAAACAGCAACAGCAGUCUUCAUACUUUACAAAUGCACUGUGUUUGAAUGGCAUCUUACACUGUUGUUUGACAUCAGCCAGACUGAAUCUAUAGACAGUGAAAGGAACUCUGAGUGUCAUUUCAGCUACAAAUCCGAGAAAAGAAGCUUUUCAGAGCCUUCAGAUGUAAAAAUGAAUAAUUUUCACAUACUCUGUUAUGUACUUUGGUGGAUUGCAGGUGUCAAUACAUCAGUGACUUUAGUCCAGACUCCAGGCUUUGUUAUGGAGUUGGUAAAUAAGACUACUCAGCUCCUCUGUUCAACAAAGAAUGCCCAGAUUGAACAGCAAGGAAUAUACUGGUACAGACGGCCUGAGGGGAGCCAAGAACUACAAUUCAUAGCACAUGCUACAGUGCUGAAUAAACUUACAUUUGGUGAAGGGUUUGUAAAGGACCGUAUUGUUAUAUCAAAAGACAACUUCAGAGGUAUAUACACAUUGAAAAUAAGUGAACUACAACCAUCGGAUAAUGGAACUUACUACUGCGUCAUUACUCACUCAGCAAUGCUAGUUAUGGGAAAUGGAACUGAUCUUUUAGUAGUAAAUGAGUUUCCUACAAGUCCUCCAACAACAACGCAGAAGCCAAAAUGCAGGUGCCCAACCCAGUCUCAGACAAUAAGGAGACCUUCAAAAGAAAAAGGUCUGCCAUGCAGCUCUAUGAUCUUGUGUAUCCUGUUGGGAAGUAUUGCUGUUUUAGCUGUAUUAGAAGUGGCUGUCAUAAUCUGCUUCAAAAAUAUCAGAAGGCCGUAUCCACAUUACUUUUUAAAACAGUGAUUCUACUCUCAUUGCAGUGUGUUAUCAAGCCCUAACGUGCAAAAGAGGCCUUUGUGCUUGUUAUCAUUUGCUGUGUUUGGAAAAGUGCAUUUUGACAGCAGAAAUAGUAGAAUUUUAAAUGCAUGCAUUCUCCAGCAAUAUAUCAUGACUGAUAUGCUAUGUCUUGGAAGGGGAAAAAAUGAAGAAAAAUAAAACUAGGUGCAACGAGUGAUCACUUAAAGAGUCUCUACUGUCUCCACAAGAAAAAGAACUUUGGGACAUACUGUUUCAGAGGCAAAUGGUGCUGCAUGCUGUUCAGAUGCAUUUCUUAGACUUCCAGGGAUGUCACCGAAUCAAAAGCUACCAUUCAUUUCUGUUCAUGAGCUUAUUCAAAGUUGUCUUUUUUUAAUUCACAGUUAAUUUUCUGUGUCUACUGCUGAUUUUGAUAGCUAUAACUUGACAAUGAUAUGUAAGAAAUAAUUAAAUGAAAUGAGAAAUUUAGUAAAAAUAACACAUUCUCCAAGACUACUUCUGGCACAAACUCAUCAUCCUAUCGAUUUUUAACAACAGACACUUCACAGCUGGCAGGCACUACCUUUGAUCCUGAUUGACAUUUUACAUCAGAACUGCAAAUAUUUCUCACAAAUUUACCAGCAGUCACAUCCUAGUUAAUAGAUCAGUACUAGCAGGUGAUCAGCCACAUUACUAGAACAGAAACACAAACAAAAAUAAACUGGAUACAGUGAUGCAAUUCUCACUGCAGCUCACACAACUUACUGUCAAGAAAACAGAAGCUUACAGCCUUAUAAUUUUGUGUAUAAUACUUUAAAUCUGAGGUGGAACAAAAUUCCUACACCUUUCCUCUCUGAAGUUCUAGAAGAUACAUGAAGGGCAACGUGUUUUUGCAUCUUACUUCUGAUUUCACUCUGAGUCAUUCCUUUGUAUUACAACUAAAGGAACACUCAGGGCUUUUUAGGCCCAAUUGGAUGACUUAGCACUCCCCCAACAUCUAUUAUCAUUCAGCUAGUAAUCCCAUAAUUGUAAACAGUAAGGAUUCAAAGUUUGCCAGGCACAGAACCAUUUUUUCUCCUUCUGAUUUGGCAUAAGAUGGCAGAUCUUCAUUGCCUCCUCAGCCACUUAUCACAUGUAGUGGUCUAAUUCUGGAUUAGUUCUAGAUGCUUCUCAGCAUGUGAAACAGUCUUCUAGGAAUUUAAUGAAUUAUUGCCAUGCUCUGGCUACAGAUAACUGGUUGUGGUUAGUUGGAAUCAUGAGAAGAAAAGCAACAGUAUACACAUCUGAGGCUGCACAGCAACAGAGAUACAAUAUGCUUGCAGUAUCUUUAAGUGGUAGGAAAAACAACAUACCUGUGUUACCAACAUAUUGAAUGGGAAAAUGUACUGUUUCUUCCCAUUCCUUUAUUUGGACACUAGUUUUCAUUUAUUAGUGACAAAUGAAGACGUCUUAAACAUCAGUCAUGUUUGUACAGUGUUAGACAAGUCUUACUUUGACAGACUCUGGUCAUACAUGUUUCAUAAUUUCUGAUGUGCUUUAUGUGCACACAUAUUCUAAGAUAAUGGUUGACAGAAGCAGUGGAAGCAGACUGCAUGACCAUCCAUACAUUGUGACCGGGUGUUAAUUCAUUUGGCCCCGCAGGAUACCUCCGACAUGAGGAAUGGCCAAUAAUGAUAAGGGUUUUUCCUCACACACAUAUGGUUCGUGAGAAAAACUGUGCGUGGCUUAUCUCACAAAGCUGCAGCUAAGCCCUCUCACCCACAAACUACCACCACUGUAUCCAUUUGGGAGAGCAUUAUGCACCACUAUUGUUUUAUAUUAGCACCAUUAAAUGACUUAGCUCACAUACAGACCCUCAGUAUUAGUUAUGUAUUCACUCUCAGUCCCAGAGACAUAUUUGACACAACUAUCUGGUUUGCAGGCCUUUCACAUGUUAUGGCAGAAUAUGUUUGAAAUGGAACCAAAAAGGAUUCAUCUGCAUGUGAAAUUCAGGGAUGUUACAAACUACCAUUCUCUUUCAGGUAAUUUACACAUACAGUCAUAUGUGAGCAAGUGUACACACACACACACAUGCACACACACACACACACACACACACACACGCACACACACGCAC